GAAGAAGAGGUUCAACAACCACGAGAUUCAGCGACUCUACGGCCAGCCCGGUGGUCUGAUGCUAAAGCAGAUGCAUACAAAUUUCGUGCCGGAGCAGAGGGCGGCUGGGCUGCGAGCACAUCAGGCAUUGGACGAUGUCCACAUGAUGCGCGACGUGAUUUGCUGUGCACCUUAUUUGGCGCCUUCUCUUGCACAGGACAUCUCGCUUGCAGCCCAUGGCAGCGAGUUUCCGAAUGUGACCUACUCGGUCUGGCAACGGUUUCUGCAUCCCGUGCCUGGCAGCAAACCUUGUAGCCCCGCUCCUCCCGCUUGGUGCCAUCCUAUCGUUCAGAGCGUUCUGCUCAUGCAAGCAGGCACAAUGACAAGCACAAGCCCCGUUGGCACAGUGAACACAGCACCUCCGCCGCCACCGCAAUUUGCAGCUCCCGCCCUCCAACCGCCCCAGCAGCGCACAGCUCAGUACCCCUCCGAGCCCCGGCCGGAGGUCCAAGCCCAAGCCUGCCAGACUGUGUCUUCCCAGAGCAAGGCGGAGGAUCCUCCGAAUCCUCCAUCGCCAUCCCCAACCAGCGACAGCGACCGCCUUCCCAAGCAACAUGUGGCAGAUGCAGAAGAGAGCUCCGGAGGCGAAAGCCGUCGCAGUAGUUCCGGCAGCAUCGCCGGAGUUGCUGAGAACCACCCCAGCUCCAGCCAAGGCAAGGGCCCUAAGGGCACUGGCAAGGUGGAGGACAAGGGAAAGGGCGGAAAGGGUAAAAAAGGCAAACCCCAGGCCAACCAGCAGCACCAGCUCCGUUAUGCAGAAGGGUGGUGGGAUCCUGAUGCGAACAAUUGGGACCAGGCAUGGGCUGGUGCCUGGUGGGGCUACCCCAGCUACGCCGAAUAUUGGGCCUGGGCCGAUGGCUACGGACAGCAUCGGCCCAGGGGCCGGGGCAACCGCAACAAUCGCCGCCGGCCCGCCCAGAGACCGGCGAAUCAGGAAUCCGCAAGUGAAAAUGCCACAAACGAGCCUGCGCCGGAUGCACCCAAUCGCAGCAAGGAGAUCGGCACUCUUAAUUGGCAGUGA